ACCGGGGCACCGGAGCGGCUGCGGGACGUCUCGGCGGGGCCGGAUCCUGCGGGAUGUGAACACCCCACGGUGAUUAAAGAGCAAAGGAGAUCGAGCCACCCUCUGCUCAGCAAGUCCCUGGCGAUGGAGCAGAUGAAGGGAUCAGCCGUGCUUCUGCUGGAGCUGCUGAUUCUUGGGGGCCUGAGAGCAGGGAAGGGCUCUGCCGUCCUGGGCACCCUGGAUCUACAAAUAGAUGAGGAGCAGCCAGCUGGCACCAUCAUUGGGGACAUCAGUGCUGGCCUGCCCCCUGGGACUAGUGCCUACAUGUAUUUCAUCUCAGCGCAGGAGGGCAGCGGUGUCACCACCGACCUGGGGAUAGAUGAGAACACCGGGAUCAUCAAAACAGCCCGUGUCCUGGACCGGGAGACUCGGGACCACUACAGCUUCAUAGCUGUCACCCCAGAGGGCAUCACGGUGGAAGUGAACAUCCAAGUGAAUGACAUCAAUGAUCACGCUCCAGCCUUUCCCAAACAACACAGCACCUUCCAGAUCCCAGAGCACACACCCAUUGGCAGCAGGUUUCCCUUGGACCCAGCCUUUGAUGCUGACAGCGGCCUGCUCAACACACAAGGCUACGUGAUUAAGGGAGAGAAUGUGGGGCAGGCCUUCCGCCUGGAAACACGCCGAGGGCCCAAUGGGGUCCUGUAUUUGGACCUGGUGGUCAGCAACGUCUUGGAUCGGGAGAACCGUUCAUCAUACUCGCUGCUGUUGGAAGCCUACGAUGGUGGCUCUCCUCCCCGGAGCACCCAGAUGACGCUGGACGUGUCCAUCCAGGACAUCAAUGACAAUGCUCCUACCUUCAACCAGAGCCGCUAUCAUACUCUGAUCUCAGAGAACCUGAAACCUGGCAGCAGCAUCCUGCAGGUCUUUGCCUCUGAUGCAGAUGAAGGUGACAAUGGGGACGUGAUUUAUGAGAUCAACCGGCGGCAGAGCGAUCCUGACCAGUACUUCACCAUUGACUCCCGGACCGGAGUCAUCAAGCUCAACAAGGGUCUGGACUAUGAAGUGAGGAAAGUGCAUGAGCUGGUGGUGCAGGCAAGGGAUAAGGCUGUCCAUCCUGAGGUCACCACAGCCUUUGUCACUAUUCAUGUACGUGACUACAAUGACAACCAGCCCACCAUGACUAUCAUCUUCCUGAGCGAAGACGGGUCCCCUCAGAUCUCCGAGGGGGCCCAGCCUGGCCAGUACGUGGCUCGCAUCUCUGUUUCCGACCCAGACUAUGGCGAGUACUCCAAUGUCAACGUCACACUGGAGGGAGGGGAUGGCAAGUUUGCCCUCACUACCAAGGACAACAUCAUCUACCUGAUCUGUGUGGACCAGCUUCUGGACCGAGAAGAAAGAGACUCCUAUGAUUUGCGGGUGACAGCUACUGACUCAGGAACACCCCCGCUCCGGGCAGAAUCAGCCUUUGUGCUGCAGGUGAUGGAUGUCAAUGACAACCCUCCACUCUUUGACCAGCAGGAAUACAAGCAGAGUAUCCCCGAGGUUGUGUACCCGGGCAGCUUUGUCCUGCAGGUGACAGCUCGUGACAAGGACCAGGGUCCCAACGGGGAGGUGCGGUACAGCAUUGUGCAUGGCCGUGACACCCACUCCAGCUGGUUUGCCAUCGACCCUGCCACAGGUAUCAUCACCACUGCUGCCCCCCUGGAUUAUGAGAAAGACCCUCAGCCUCAGCUGACCGUGCUGGCCACAGACAGGGGAACCCCUGCCCUCUCCUCUUCAGCUGUGGUGCACGUGGCCCUGCAGGAUGUCAAUGACAAUGAGCCAGUGUUCAGGAGCAAUUUCUACAAUGUGUCUCUGAAGGAGAACACCCCGGUCGGGACCUGCUUCUUACAGGUGACAGCCACAGAUGCAGACAGUGGCACGUUUGGCUCCCUGUCCUACUCCAUCGGCUCUGGCAUCGGCAGCGUUGUCCCCACGCAGUUCAGCAUCGACAAGCAGACCGGGCAGCUCUGCACGGCGCAGCCCCUGGACCGCGAUGAGGGCAUGUCAGCCUUCGACUUCACCAUCACUGCUGUGGACGGGGGUGGCCUGAACUCCAUGGUGUAUGUGAAGGUUUUCCUGGAGGACAUAAAUGACAACCGGCCCGUGUUUUACCCGCUGGAGUAUGCUGCCAGCAUCAGCACGCAGAGCAUGCCAGGUACAGCCGUGCUGCGAGUCACUGCCCACGACAAGGAUGAGGGGCUGCACGGGAGAGUGACCUACCGCAUUGUCCUGGGAAACUCACCCCCUCUCUUCUCCCUCAACAAGGACACAGGUGUCAUCUCCCUCUCAUGGUCCCUGAGUGGUAAAGCCAACACCCUGGUGCAGCUGGUGAUCUCUGCACAAGAUGGUGGGGGCCUCCAGGCACAACCCAAUGCCCGGGUGAACAUCAGCAUCGUGGAGGGCACGGUCUCACCCCCCGUCUUUGAGCAAGCUCAGUACUUCUUCACAGUGCCUGAGGAUGUACUGCAUGGUGCCAGCGUGGGGGCUGUCCGGGCCCAGAACCCCCCAGGUCACGCUGACGACAUCUUUUAUUCCAUCUCCUCGGGGGACCCUUAUGGCUACUUUUCCAUUGACUCUGCAACCGGGCAGCUCCGCACCAGUCUGGCUCUCGACCACGAGUCCCAGGCAGUGCUGGUUCUGGACGUCCAGGCCCGCAGUGGUUCCCCUCCCGCCUACAGCAACACGCGGGUGAAGAUCUCCGUGCUGGACGUGAAUGACAACGCGCCGGCGUUCCCAGCCCCCUCUGACUCCAUUCUGCUGCCGGAGGCCACGGAACCUGGGACCACAGUGUACACGGUGCAGGCCGAGGACCGUGACAGCGGGGCCAACGGGCAGGUGACUUUUGAGCUGGUGUCAGGAGGUGACGGCACCUUCAGCGUGGAGCACUCCUCAGGGGCCGUGCGGCUGGUCGGGGCCCUGCAGUACGAGGCCAGCGCUGCCUACGGGCUGGCCAUUGUGGCCCGGGAUGGCGGCAUCCCCCAGCUCAGCUCCACCUUCUCGCUGCUGGUGCACGUGCAAGCGGAGCACGACGACGGGCCCAUCUUCGACACGCUCACCUACCGCGUGGAGGUGCGGGAAGGGGCGCCCGUCUCCUCCCGCUUCCUGCAGGUGCGGGCGCUGGCGCGCGAGGCCGAGCCCCUGCCCCUCACCUACCACCUGCGUGCGGACGGGGACGCCGCCAGCUUCGGCAUCGUGCCCGAGAGCGGCUGGCUCUACGUCAAGAGCGCACUGGACCGCGAGACACGGGACCUGUACGUGCUGACGGUGCUGGCCUCGGCCGCGGGCGGCGUGGGCGGGGGGGAGGCCCGGAAAACAGGCACCAGCACCGUGCGGAUCAGCAUCACGGACGAGAACGACAACAGCCCCCGGCUGAGCGAGGAGCGGUACUUCUUCACCAUCCCUGAGAACCAGGCUCCCGGCAGCAGCGUGGGGAGGGUGAUGGCCAGUGACCGGGACGCUGGGCAGAACAGCCGGCUCAGCUACCGCCUGCUCCAGCAUGACCCUAACUUCCUGAUCCACACACAGACAGGGGAGCUCAGCACCAAGCACAGCCUGGACCGGGAGCAGCAGUCCAGCUACCAGCUGCUGGUGAUCGUGCAGGAUGGGGGAGCACCGCCCCGCAGCACCACAGGAACCGUCUACGUGACCGUGUUGGAUGAGAAUGACAACACUCCUGCCUUCCUCCACGUGGGCAGUGGCCAGGAGCUGCCUGUGCAGGUGCUGGAAGAGAAACCAUCGGGACUUCUAGUCGCCUCCUUGCAGGCCAAGGACCCCGACGAGGGUGAGAACGGGACCAUCGUCUACUCGCUGAUAGGCGCCUGGGCAGAGCGCUUCACGCUGCACGUGGCCACCGGGGAGCUGCGCACGGCCGCGGUGCUGCGCCGCGCCGAGCGGGCCGAGUACCUCUUCACCGUCACCGCCAGCGACCGGGGCGCGCCCCCGCGCAGCGCGGCCGCGAGCCUCCGCCUGCAGGUGCUGCCAUCCUCCCGGGUGCUGCCACGGCCGGAUGCCACUGUCCUGACCCUGCACCCGCUCGAGGGGGUCAGGCCGGGGUCUGUCAUCGGCUCAGUGGCCCCCCCGGAUGCCCCCGCGCGAGGACAGCUGACCUACACCCUGGUAGGAGGUGGUGGGGAUGGCACCUUCGUGGUUGACAGUGUGACAGGGGAGAUUUACGCUGCCCGGGAGCUGGACUACGAAGCGGGGCCCCGGCACGUGCUGCAGGUGAGCGCGGAGGACACGCAGCACGGAUACCCCUCCAGCCGGCUGGUGCUGGUGCACAUCCACGUGCAGGACUGCAACGACCAGGCGCCCACCUUCCCUGAAGACCCCAUCACCAUCGUGGUGCCCGAGAACACCCAGGCCGGCGCCUCCAUCUUCACCUUCCAGGCGCUGGACGGGGACGGCGUGGGUCCCAACAGCCAGGUGCGCUACGCCCUGCGGCACCAGGAGCCCCCCGGGGCCCCCUUCCAGCUCGACAGCCGCUCGGGGCUGCUGACCCUCCACCAGCGCCUCGACCGGGAGGCCACUGCCUCCUUCCUCCUGGUGGUGGAGGCCACGGACCAGGCCCGCAACGUCAGCCAGCGCCGCUCGGCCGCCGUCACCGCCCGCGUCUUUGUCACCGACGAAAACGACAACGCACCCGAGUUCCUCUCGCCUGCGGCCGUCAGCGUCAUGGAGGACCAGCCCACGGGCUUUGUGGCCCUGCAUGUGGUGGCACAGGACAGUGAUCUGGGAGAGAACGGGCGUGUGAGCUACUCACUGCGAGCAGGCAAUGGUGACGGCCGCUUCCACCUGAACCCCAGCACUGGCGCGCUCUCCAUCGUGCGGGCCCUGGACCGGGAGGAGGUGGCGCAGCACAACCUGACGGUGGUGGCCAUGGAUCACGGCUUCCCGCGCCGCUCCGCCAGCCAGCUGCUGGCUGUGCUGGUGCUGGAUGUCAACGAUGAGGCUCCCACUUUUGAGAAACCCGAGUAUGAAGCACUCAUCAUGGAGAACCUGCCAGCUGGCAGCCCUGUGCUGCAGGUGCUGGCCACAGACCAGGACCUGGGUGCCAAUGGGCAGGUGUCCUAUGGGGGUCUCUCUGGGGGGCCGUUCUCCAUCCACCCACAAACAGGGCUGAUUGUCACCACACGAGCCCUGGACCGUGAGGAGCAGGAGCAGCACGUGCUGACGGUCUAUGCCCGGGAUGGGGGCCUGCCCCCCAACCUCUCCAAGGCCACCGUGCGCAUCACAGUGGGGGAUGAGAACGACCACACACCCCAGCUGGAAAGCGAGUCCUGCUCUUUGGAGGUCCCAGAGAACCAGAGCCAUGUGGCACUCUACACCCUGCGGGCCUCUGAUCCCGACGGAGGCGAGAACGGGCGCUUGGAAUACCUGCUGGCAGAUGGAGACCCUGGGCAGGAUUUCAGCCUAGACCCAGUCUCUGGUGUCCUCUCCACUGCACGUGCCCUUGACCGUGAGCAAGUUGCUUCCUACAGCCUCACAGUGUUGGUGCAGGACCACGGCACCCCCCCACGCAGCACCACCAUGUCGGUGACCGUGCGGGUGUUGGACCUGAAUGACAACGCACCCCGCUUUGCUCAGCCCAGCUACACGGUGGAGGUGCCCGAGGACCUGCCUGUCGGUGCCCUGGUGCUGCAGCUGGAGGCUGAGGACCCUGACGAGGGCACCAAUGGGCAGGUCUCUUACUACCUGGGCAACGAGUCGCUUGGCAUGUUCCAGGUGGAGCCGCAGAGCGGGCGCGUCAGGAGCGCGCAGGCGCUGGACCGGGAGCGCUGCCCCGGCUACAGCUUCCUGGCCAGGGCGGUGGACUCGGCGCCCUGGGAGCCCCGGAGCGCGGCCGUGCGCGUCACCGUCACCGUGAGGGACGUCAACGACCACGUCCCUACCUUCCUGCACAGCCCCCUCACUGUCAGCCUGUCCCGCCACACGCCGCUCAAGCAGGUGGUGGCCACCAUGAGGGCCGAGGACAGGGAUGCAGGUGCCAACGCCUCCAUCCUGUACCGCCUGGCCACCCCCAGCCCCGCCUUCGCCAUCAACUCCUACACCGGGGAGAUCCAGCUGCUGCAGCCCCUGGGCUCGCUCAGCCAGCACCAGCGCACGCUCUUCAUCCUGGCCACAGACCUGGGGCAGCCGGCGCUCUCCUCCACCGGCGUGGUGGUGAUCCAGGUGCAGGAGGAGUCCUACCAGGGGCUGCGCUUUCCCCGCAGCACCAGUGAGGUGGCUCUGCCAGAAAAUGCUGCCCCAGGCACUGCUGUGGUGAGCAUCCAGGCGGUUCACACCGGGGGCUCCUCGGGGCACAUCACCUACAGCAUUGUCAGUGGCAAUGAGAAGAACACCUUCCUCAUCCAGCCCAGAUCAGGUGCCAUCUCAGUCCAGGACUCCAGUAGCCUGGAUUUUGAGGCCAGCCCCCGGCUGCGCCUGGUGGUGCAGGCAGAGACAGCAGCUUCCUUUGGCUUCAUGGCCAUCAACCUCAACCUGCAGGACGUGAAUGACAACCUGCCGCGCUUCCAGCUGCAGAACUAUGUGGCCUUCAUCUGGGAGUCCCAGAGCUACGACUCGCCCGUCAUCCAGGUCCUGGCAGAUGAUCUGGAUCAGGGAGUGAAUGGGCAGGUGACUUAUGGCAUCAACCAGUCCCUGCCCAUGGCAGGGCUGUACCACAUCGACCCCCAGACCGGAGCCAUCACUACUGCUGCCAUCCUGGACAGGGAGAUCUGGUCCCAGACCCGCCUGGUGGUGACAGCGAUGGACAGAGGGACUCCUCCGCUGGUGGGCUCUGCCACGCUGACUGUUGUGGUGAUGGACGUCAACGACAACAGCCCCACCAUCCCCUUCCCCUGGGAAGUGCGGGUCCCAGAGAACACGCUGCUGGGCACCCAGAUCGCCCAGCUGACCGGGAACGACGUGGACUCGGGCCCUGCGCUGUCCUACUGGCUGGUGCCAGGGGGCGACGGGGGGGGCAGGUUCUCGGUGCUGCGCUUCGGGGGGCGCCUGGCGCUGGCGGCGCCGCUGGACCACGAGCAGCGCAGCCGCUACAGCCUCACCCUGCGCGCCUCCGACGGCCGCCACCACACCGAGGCCAACCUCACCAUCCUCGUGGAGGACGUCAACGACAACGCGCCCACCUUCAGCCAGGGCUUCUACCAGGUGGCAGUGCCAGAGCACACAACUGCAGGCAGCAGCAUCCUCACCGUGAGUGCAACUGACCCGGACUCUGGAAGCAACGGGGAUGUCACCUUCCACCUGGCUGUGCCCAGCCCUGACGUUGCCAUCGACCCCAGCAACGGGACCCUCUUCACCAUCCGUCAGGUGGAGUUCAACGCCAGCCAGCCCACCCUGGAUCUGGUGGUGGAGGCCCGUGACCGUGGCUCCCCCAGCCUCUCAUCCUGGGCCACAGUGCAGCUCCAGGUGCUGGAUGUGAAUGACCACAGCCCCAGCUUCCAGGCGCCAUGCUACAAUGCCAGUGUCCCCGAGGACCUGCGCCCUGGCACCACGGUGCUGACACUGGAGGCAGGUGAUGCCGACCUCUCCCGGGAAAACGCCGGCUUUGACUACACCAUCGUCAGCGGCAACGGCGGCAACGCCUUCCAGGUGGAGAGCAGGGUGGCCUGGGCAGGGGGGCACCUCCGCACGCAGGGAGCCCUGGUGCUUGUGGAGCCCUUGGACUUUGAGGCCGUCCCGGUCUACAACCUGACUGUGGCGGCCUCGGACCGGGGCCUGCCCCAGCGCAGCGCCACGGUGCCGGUGCUGAUCACGGUGCAGGACAUCAACGACAACCCGCCGGUGUUCAGCCGUGCCGAGUACCGUGCGGCUGUGAGCGAGAGCGCACCGCCGGGCACCGAGCUGCUGCGCCUGCAGGCCCACGACGCUGACUCGGGGCCCCGUGGCCACGUUCACUACACCAUCAGCUCGGGGGACCAGCAGGGACUCUUCCAGCUCCAUGAAAGCACGGGGGCCCUGUGCCUGGCUCGGCCCCUGGACCGGGAGGCACAGGCGCUGCACGCCCUGGUGGUGCAGGCCACCGACCUGCCAGGCGGGCACUUUGCGCUGGUGCCCGUGGCCAUCGAGGUGAAGGACGUCAAUGAUAACAAGCCCUACUUCCCGGUGGAGGUGCUGAGCGCCAGCAUGCGGGAGAACCUGCCUCCUGGCACGCUGGUCACCACGCUGCGUGCCAUCGACGCGGACAGCGGCGUGUUCGGGGAGCUGCGGUACACGGUGCUGGAGCAGCCAGUGGGGCAGCCCGGCAUGGCGGAAGGCCGGGACGCCUUCGCCGUCAACAGCAGCUCCGGGGAGCUGCGCUCCCGACUGACCUUUGACUACGAACGAGCCAAAGCCUUCCAGCUCCUGGUCAGGGCCACUGACACUGGCAACGCCUCUGCCACCGUGACCGUGCGGGUGCUGGUGACAGGGGAGGACGAAUAUGACCCCAUCUUCCUGAGCCCCUCCUUCAACUUUGAGGUCCCCGAGGGUGCCCGCAAAGGGCAGAGCAUCGGCCGCGUGCUGGCCACGGAUGAGGACGAGGGGGCCGAUGGCGUCGUGCUGUACUCGCUGGCAAAGCCCUCGCCAUACUUCGCCAUCAACCAAACCACAGGCACCAUCUUCCUGCGUGUGGACAGCCAGCCCCAGGCCGCUGCCGGGCGCGCCAAGCGGGAGCCGCGGGAGAUGAGCCUGGAGGUGCAGGCACGCAGCCCCCUGCCCGCCUCCCGCUCCGCCUCCGCGCAGGUCACUAUCGAUGUCACACACACCUCCUUCGGCCUGGCCCCCGACCUCAACCUGCUGCUGGUGGCCGUGGCCGCUUCGCUGGGGGUGGUGGUGGUGCUGGCCGCCGUGGCCAUCGUGCUGGCGCUGGUGCGGUCCCGGCAGCGCCGGGGCAGUGAGAAGCCGGAGGGGGACGGGCGGCUGGGCCGGGCGCAGAGCGGCUCCCUGCAGAAGCUGGGCCGUGAGGAGCCGGCGCUGCCGGGGGGUGAGCACAUCUACCACCAGGCCCUGCCGGGGUAUGGGGGCGAGCCGGUGGGGCCCUACACGCGGGGGGGCUCGUUGGACCCCUCGCACUCCAGUGGCCGAGGCUCUGCCGAAGCCGCUGAGGACGACGAGAUCCGGAUGAUCAACGAGUACCCGCGCGUGGCCAGCAUCACGGCCUCCAUGCAGGAGCACAUCUCAGCCCGUGGCCCUGACUCCGGCAUCCAGCAGGACGCCGACCAGCUCUCCGACAUCUCCUGCGAGCCAACCGCCCUCGAGAGCGCCCAGUGGUUCAAGAGCAAGAAGGGCUCGGGGCUGCUGCUGCCGGGGCCAGCCCCGACGCUGUACCGUGAGGACGGGGGGGGCAGCGCCUUCCUGGGCGUGCGCUGCGGCCUCAGCGUCUCCUCCCAGCCUCAGGACUACGCCUUCCCGGAGGAUGGCAAGCCCUCCGUGGAGGGCUCGCUCACCGCCAUCGUGGCCAGCGAUGAGGAGCUCCGUGGCAGCUACAACUGGGAUUACCUGCUGAAUUGGUGCCCCCAGUUCCAGCCGCUGGCCAGCGUCUUCACCGAGAUCGCCCGCCUCAAGGAUGAGAGCUCCCUGCGCAAGCCCUUCCCGACCAAGCCCAAGGCAGAGCCCAAGCCCCGCAUUGACCCCCCGCCCCUCAUCACCUCAGUGGCCCAUCCGGGCGCCAAAUCUGUGCCCCCCAAGCCGCCACCAGGCAGGACCUUCCCGCUCCCGUCCACCCUGCGCCGCUCGCCCAUCAGCCACGAGGGCUCCAUCUCAUCCUCUGCCAUGUCGCCCAGCUUCUCCCCCUCGCUGUCCCCGCUGGCUGCCCGCUCCCCCGUGGUCUCGCCCUUUGGCAUCUCACAGGGGCCUUCUGCCUCCGCCAUCAGUGCCGAGCACUCGCUGGAGCCCCCCGAGGAGGCUGAGCUCAGGAUUUAGACCUGGGCCCGUGGACUCCUCCGCCCCACCCUGCAGCCGUGGGGACAGGAGCGGGGCCGAGCCCGGGGCUGCUCUUCAUGGGUGCUAAUCCUGCUCUCCCAGCGCCUUGCCUGGCCCGGGGCCUCCAUGGGCUGUGGGUCCCUGUGUCCUUUGGGGCUGUCGGCUCCUGUCACUCCCUGCAGUCUGGGAGAUUUGGAGCUGUUUUUGCUGCCCUGUGGACUGCUGACCCUAGUGCCAGCUCCCUGGGGCCACGGUUCCUUGUACUGCUCACGGUGUCUGGGAUUGGCACCGGGCAGGAUGGUGCUUCAUGGUACUCUGUGUUCUGAGGGAGGCCGGGGGCAGACGGCUGCUCCCUGCCCUGCUGGGCUGGGCUCCUGCAGCCCACAGACCCUGCCCCUCCCCGGCCACUUGCCCCAGCCCCGCCACAGCCCCGCUGAGCCGGCCCCGCAGGAGCUGACAAGGCUCAGGGGGAUCCUCCCGGGGCUGGGAUGUGCUGCUCGGCAGGUGCAGGCACUGCAGCCUGCCCGUCCUGCCCGUCCUGCCUGAACCUGCUUCUUGACAGAGGGCAGAGACCCAUCCCAGCCAGGCUGGAGGGGGGAAGGAGGCAGUGUCCACUUUCUGCUUGCCUGUCCAUGGCUGUGGGGGGGAAGGGGAUCCUCUGGGGUCUCUCGAGUCCUUCCACCUCCCACCACUGCAUGGGACCCUUUUGAGGGAUCUCCUUCCCAGAGCUGCUGUUUCUCAGGGCCUGGGCUGGGAGGCAGGUGCCCUACUCAGCGUGGGAGAAGCUGCUCCUGGAACCACGGGCUGGCAGGGGCUGGGACACGGCCCCUGCCCAGGUUGUGUGGCAGGGCUGGCAGCAGCAGCAGCCUGAGAGCUGCAGUGGAGCUGACCCGAGACACCUGGCACGGGACAGGCAGCUGUGUGGCUGCUUGGUGACACAGGGCAGUGACCUCCUGCUCCAUCUGCCCCUGGCCUGAUGGCCAGCCUGCAGCCACAGGGGGCAGGUGGCAGGGGCACCCCAGAAAGCCACAUGGCCUGGAGCCACAUAGAAUCAUAGAAUCACGGUGGCAGCCAGCAGGGAGGGACACUGGGCAGCUGGCCUCCCCCAGGGCCCUGCGGUGUGACAUGCUCACCACAACAGUCUCCAAAAUGGGGGCAGGUGCCGGAACCCCAGCCCUGGGCCCCAGCCCUCUGCACAGGAGCUGCCCAGCACCACUGCUUGGUGCUGUGGGCAGGGGUAGAGCUGCACCCAGUGGGGCUGGUCCCCGUCCUGCCCCAGCGCUGCGCACGCAGCCGGUGCCAGGCUGGCCCCGGGGCAGCCCCGCAGCCCACAGCUGCCCACGGCACAGUGGGCACGGCUGGCCUGGCCCUGGGAUCACAGUCCCAGGGACUGCCAGCCAGGCCAGAGGUGCUCACGGGUGACCCACACAGGAAGGUGGGUGCAGAGCAAGGGCACGCGGGUCAUGGCGGCAGCUCUGGGCACCCAGCCUGGGCCUGGGCACGUCCGUGGUGUGGGGGAGGACAGCCAGCUCCUCAGGAGGGGCUGGGGAAUCUCAUCCCGCCACACUUUCCUCAUGCACUCUGUAGCCUCAGGCCAAAGCAUGUCAGCCCCCUGGCUGCAGCCCCAGCCCUAAACGUUUUAUCACAGCAGCCAAAACCCCUCACGUUCACCCACUCCCUGUUUCCCACUGAGAACCACCAGUGGCUGCAGCCCCCCUGCCACUCAGCCCCAGCCACCCGUUGUGCCACAAGUCCCCGCCCUGCCUGUUCUGUGGGUGUCCCCAUGCCACGGGCACAGCCUUGCACCCCACUCCCCACCACGCACCUGCCACUGGGUGCCAGGUGCCCUGGGAGCCGUCCUGGGCACCAGGCAGUGACAUGGGAGCAGGGUGCUGGCACCAAGGGGGCUGCAGGGCCAUGCCUGGGAACCAGGGGGGUCCAAGGCAGCUCUGGGAGGGGAGGUGGAUUCUGCCCGCUCCACGGGGAUGGCCACGGUGGCUCCUGGGGCAGGCCCCCCCUUAGCCCUUCUCCCCUGGCUGGGCUGGGCGCUCCUGGGCACUGUGGGGAGCACCCUGGGGGCACCAUGUGCCCCCCAACCUGGGGCCAGGGGGGACAAGGCAGCCCCACUCCCCCCUGCAUGUUUGGGACAGGGGAGCACAGACAGGUCACCCCCCUGCACGCAUGGAGAAGGGUCAGACACACAGCAGCCCCCUUUGGUCUGGGGGACACAGCCACAGGCUGCUGAGCCCAGCCAGGAGCCGAGCCUCCAGUUAUUUAUUUUUACACAUUGUACUACGAGUCCUGUUUUCUACUUUGUUUGUACCUUUUGUAUCGUGUCUCGCUGAGCUGCAUGUAUUGGGCGCUGCUCAUCGGCCUGCACCCUGGGCCGCUCCAGCACAGCCUGGACCCAAGUGCCAACCUCUCAAAAAAUGCCUUAA